AUUGGCUGGGCUGGCCAAGCGCGAGUGCUCCCGGGAGUUGUAGUUCUUGGGGCUGGGCUGGGGACGCCAGGGAAGAUCAGAGGUUGGAGGCCAAGAUCCGCGGUUGCGGUUGUUCCCGGCCGCUGGCACCAUGUCUCUGGUGUCGGUGCCCUGCCAUGUGAAAGGCACAGUGGCCCUGCAAGUGGGCGACGUGCGGACCUCUCAAGGUCGGCCCGGCGUGCUGGUCAUCGAUGUCACCUUCCCCAGCGUCGCACCCUUCGAGCUGCAGGAGAUCACAUUUAAGAAUUACUACACAGCCUUUCUGAGCAUCCGUGUUCGCAAGUAUACCUCGAUGCACACACCGGUCAAGUGGGUGACCUGCCUGCGGGACUACUGCCUGAUGCCUGACCCACACAGUGAGGAGGGAGCCCAGGAGUAUGUAUCGCUGUUCAAGCACCAGAUGCUGUGUGACAUGGCCAGAGUACUGGAGCUGCGCCUGAUUCUGCGACAGCCGUCACCACUAUGGCUAUCUUUCACAGUGGAGGAGCUGCAGAUCUACCAGCAGGGACCAAAGAGCCCCUCCAUGACCUUUCCUAAGUGGCUCUCCCACCCAGUGCCUUCUGAGCAGCCUGCUCCCCUCCAUGAGGGUCUUCCAGACCCCAGCAGGAUAUCCUCCGAGGUGCAGCAGAUGUGGGCGCUGACAGAGAUGAUCCGGGCCAGUCACAGCUCCACAAGGAUCGGCCGCUUUGAUGUGGAUGGCUGUUAUGACCUGAACUUGCUCUCCUACACUUGAGCCGUGGCUCUUGACCAAGACGUUGACCUUCCGUGCCCGUCCAGGCCUGGUUUGGGCCAUCAGAGGCCGAAGUGCUUUCCCUGUGCAUUCCAAGUGUUGCCUGCAUGCCUGUUCUUUCGGGGCCGCGUUCACAGAUUCAGGAUUCUUGGGGGCUCACUGUGUCGUUUCAGCAUGAGCGCCUGGCGGGGGUACACUCUGUCCUCACUUGGCUGCAACCUGAAACUCCUUUUCCUACCCUAAAAACACUCCAAUUCUACUUACUAAGAAUCCUCCUCUGCCCCUUCUGCCAACAUGCACACCCCUGUCUUCUGCCUGCUCCCUCACCUGAGUGCAGUGGGCUGGGGUGGCCUACUAGAGCCUACUCUAUCUAGCGUGCUAUAGUCAUGGCACUUCGUACUUUGGAAACUUGAGGGAGAAAUAGGAGCUCCGUUUCUUCCUUCCCCGCCCCCUGGUGGUCUUCUUUCCCUUUGUUUUAUGCCCACAAAAAGAAAUUUCCUGUCUAAACUCCUGCUGCCUGCCUGGGGAGCAAAGCUGGGGCUUUGGGCUGCCGGAAUCCCUUGGUCUCUAAGCUGGCUGGCUCCUGGUUGUGUGUUCCAGUGGGGUCUGCCCAUCCAGCCUAGCAGGUGCCUCUGGCAAGGCCAGGGCCUGAGGGUGAGUCCUGGAACCUGUUUGCCAUCUGACAGAACCCAAAGUACAUCCUUGUCCCUUCUGCCAGGUGCUCCCUUCCAGAAGAA